AUGGCCAGGGAUCAGCAGCGUGAAUCAGCUGGGCGGGCUCUUUGUGAAUGGUCGGCCCCUGCCCCUGGACACGCGGCAGCAGAUCGUAGCCUGCUGGGAACCUCGUCCAGGGAUGGGGGCAAGAAGCAGGGAGAAGGGGCCCUGUUCAGCAAGUCGGGGGCUGUUGCAGCCUCUGAGGGCCUUUGGGGCUUGGGGUGCUUCCUAGAAGAGCCUCCUGAGGGCUGGGAUAGGGACCUUCGGGCUUCCAAAGACAGGGCUGGUCUCGCCCCCGUGGCCUGGUCCAGCAAGUCUCACUUUGCCUUGUUGCUUCUUCUGGCCCAGAGACACUCACCCUCUGCCCAUCAAGCCUUACCUGUUCCUGCUUCCUACCUGCCCCAGGUAUCUAAUGGCUGUGUGAGCAAGAUCCUAGGGCGUUACUACCGCACAGGUGCCUUAGAGCCCAAGGGGAUUGGGGGAAGCAAGCCACGCCUGGCCACACCCCCCGUGGUGGCUCGAAUUGCCCAGCUGAAGGGUGAGUGCCCAGCCCUCUUUGCCUGGGAGAUCCAACGCCAGCUCUGUGCUGAAGGGCUCUGCACCCAGGACAAGACUCCCAGUGUCUCCUCUAUCAACCGAGUCCUGCGGGGGCUACAGGAGGACCAGAGACUGCCCUGGACACAGCUCAAUUUGCCAGCUGUUUUGGCUCCAGUUCCUCCAACUCUGCAUAGUGGCUCUGAGGCUCCCCGGGGUCCCCACCCAGGGACCAGCCACCGGAAUCGGACUAUCUUCUCCCCAGGCCAAGCUGAGGCACUGGAGAAAGAGUUCCAGCGUGGCCAGUAUCCUGAUUCAGUGGCCCGGGGAAAGCUGGCUGCUGCCACCUCUCUGCCCGAGGACACGGUGAGGAUCUGGUUUUCCAACCGAAGAGCCAAAUGGCGCCGCCAAGAGAAGCUCAAGUGGGAAAUGCAGUUUCCAGGUGCGGCCCAGGGUGCGAGUCUACCAAGUGCUUCCCCAGGGGUCAUCUCUGCACAGCAGUCCCCUGGCAGUGUAUCCACAGCAGUCCUGCCCGCCCUGGAAUCCUUGGGGCUCUCCAGCCAUCCGUUGUGCUGGGGGACAGCAUCAGAUGCCCCACCACAAGCCUGUCUCCAGCCCUGCUGGGGCUGCCUGCCCCCCACAGCUGAGCUCUCUGGAUUCGGUGCUGCCUUGCCAUCCUUGCCCUUCCUUCCCCUGCCUCCAUCGCCAGUCUUGGUGCCCCUCAGGCCUUGCUCUGGCUUGGCUCCCCACUGCGGGGCCUGGGAUGAGGGAGAAGGUUCGGAGUGGAAAGGAGAUGGGGUGGGGAGCAUCUGAUACCGCCUGCCCAAGCCGAGCGGUGCUCUGUCCUCCUUCCUGUGUCUCCUCCUGCCUGUGGACCUUGCCCCUCCUGUGUGUCACCUGCUUGGAGAAGCCGUGCCCACCUGCUUCUCACAUUGGCCUUAAGAGGCUUCCAGUUGGCACUAAUAAAAAC